AUGAUCAACAGACAUCAAGAGAAAAAUGUUUUCAUUAGGUUUUAUUUACUAUUUGUUUGUAUUCUUGCUUACAGUACAAUUCAUUGUGCUAUUACCAAAGCACAGUCAAUACCAUUACCACAAGAACAACAGUUUGGACCAACUCCACAAGAUGUACCAACUCUACCAUGGUAUGAAUAUUUACCAACACUUGCGGUGGACUUCAAAGUAAUCAUUGAACCGGGCAAAGAUGAAUGUUAUUUUCAGUUUGUUAACCCUGGAGCAACAUUUUAUGUCAACGCUCAAGUACCUAUCCAUAUUUUUUUUAUUUUUAUAUUCUGAGUGAAGCGAUGAAUGUAUUGGUUUUAUAAAGAUGUGUUAAAUAAAUAAUUUACAUUUCUUUUAGGUUGUGAAAGAAGGUGAAAUGGUCGGUUUUACUGUUAAACACCCAAACGGUCAAAUCGUCCACUCAUAUGAACAGAAAGCAAGUUUAAAUUUUCAAGAUCCAUACUCCACAGGCGGCAGUUACAGCGUUUGUGUUGAUAAUACAUUUUCAAAGUUUGAUGCCAAAAAGGUUAAUGUGUACAUCUCAGUUAUUAGGUUGGUUUAAUAUUAUUUUAAAUUAGAAUGUUCUAUUUAAAAUUUAUGGCCAAUUAUAAUUAUUAAUAUUAACUAUCUACUGCAUUCUUAAAAUUAAUUUAAACCCAUCUAUUGUAUUUUAUUAUUAAAACGUGAGGUGAUUUCGUGGGAUAGUUAUAUCUGAAGUUUUACCCUAUCAAUAUUUAUGAUUUUUUUUUUCAAACACAAUUGUUCGGUGUAUAAAUGAGUCAUCUAAUGUUAAAAGUUUAAAAAAUUAUUUGGUUAAAUAAUUAUAGGUUAUUAAAACAACAGUGAUAAAACUGUUCUUUAUACAUUUGCCAACCAGCAUAGAAGUAGAGAUUAUAAUAUAAUUUAACAUAAUAACCUUCAUAUUAUUAUUAACUAUUAAUAAACUAAAGUAUUUGAAGAGGUUUUUGUGAUAAAACAUAGAAUGGCAUAUAAUUAGCUAUUAGGAUGGUUUAGAAUUAAUUAGAAUGGUUAGAGUCAUAAAGUAUUGUAUUUAACAUGAGUCGUGUAGGUUUUAUAUAAAUAUUAAAUUCAAAUGUAUUAUAAAUUGUAUUAAUGUUUAGGUCUAAAAAGUUUAUUUUUGUAUUGGUUUGUAAUUCAAUUGUUAAUUGUAUGUGUUUGUUAAUUUUUUUAAAUUUAUUUACCACAUUUAUUAUCUAUAUAAAUAUCAAAAGUAGAUAGUAGUUUUACAUCCAAAAAAAAGGGUGACAAAAAAUAAUAUAAAUAUAAAAUUGUAGAGCAGCUUGUUCUUUAAAUGUUUAGAAAAUAAAUUCCGAAAAAAGUUAAUACUUUCCGAGAUAAUGAGUGUACCAACUUAAAUGGAUCACCCUGUAUGAAAUAUAAUGGUAAAAUAAUUUAAAUAGGCAUUAUAUAUUUUCUUUAAUAAUAUUUGUUUAAAAUUGUCCUGAUUUUCACAGUUUUCAUAUUUUUUGGGAAAACUCUUAGGAAAACCUAAAAAUGACCACAUUUUUGACAUUUAACAAGAAGAUUUCUGAGAAAAUCAAAAAAUGGUUAAUAGUUAUAAUUUAAAAACUAUUAACAAAAUACACUUUAAUAUUAAAAACCAAAAUAAGAAUAAUAUCUAUAAUAAAAAUUACUAAUGAAGUCCCUAAAUAAUAAAAAUAUUAAACAUAAUAAUCACCUAAUUAAUAAAUAUGAUAACCCAGGUGUAUAAAAAUUACAUAGUGAAUGUAUUAAAAUAUACAUAGGUAAAACUGAUAAAAGUUUCAAAACUAAGUUACAGAACACACUGCAGAAAUUGAAUUAAAUAGUCUACAAAAAAAUGUGUUUUUUAAUUUUUCAAUUAAAUCAUUUUUGCUGGUAGAAAACGUGUUCCGUGUUUUUAUAAUAUAAUGAAAUAGUGAAUUUGUAAGUUUUCCUACGUUUUUCCCAAUUAAGUGUUUUUAUUUAAAAUAAUAGUGUCAAAAUUAAAAAUAAUGAUUUUUUUAAAGUACCAUCUAGACAACUUGAGCUUUUAGAAAAGUUGCUACACAUAAAAAUCGGAUCAAGUUUACUAGAAAAAAACAUGUCAACAGACUAGAACAAAGAAAUAAUAAAAAAAUAAACAUCUAGGUAAAACCACUAUCUUCCUCGCUACAUUAGGAAUCUAAAGUUGUAUUAUCUAAAAGUAAAAUAGUAAAAUGGUUAAUAUAGUAAAAACAAACAAUGAUUGAAAAGAAAUAUAAGCUAUAGAAACACCUUGAAUCUUAGAAUCUUAGUAUGUUAGAAUAUAAUGACUGUAAUGACUUUUUAUAUAUAUAUAUGUUAUAGGUAUGAUAAGUUUGAAAUCAAAGAAAUAAGAGAAACUAAUUUAAAUUUUAAAAAUGUUACAGUGAGUUUUUAUGAUUUUUAUACAAUAUAUCAAUGAAUAUUUGUGUUGAACAAUUUAUCAUUAAAAAUUGCAUUUACUAUUUCAAUAUUUUUUUUUCAGACUAUUUUAAAUAUAAUACAAAAUAACAUAAAUUUUGCGUUGAAACAACAAGAAUUUUUGAUCAGUCAAGAGGAUGAAGACUAUUUUUACAUGCUCAAGAAGGAAGUUAAUGUUAACUGUAAUGGCUUUUUGAUAAUGUUAGUAAUUUUUCUUUCAAGCAUAGUACAAGUAUGUUUUAUUUGUAUACCAUUUAAUGCUAAGUAUGGAAAUUUAAAAAUAGAGGCUUAA